UCUGUGUGCUGGGCUGGCUGUCUAUUGAUUGGAAAACAACGGGCUGUGGGAGGACUGAUAAGGGUGGCUGUGGGCUAACGGGUGAGGGAAGGGAUACAGACCAAAGCUCAGACCACGCUGCCAUCUUCACCUCCCUGAUUUUUUUUCCUCUCCUGUUCACCCUGGAAUGAAUGUAGCUGCUGCUGCUGCUCAUCGGUGGGUUUUGCAGAGGAGGCAGGCUGAGCCACAGAUUCUCCUCGUCUGAGAAGAUCUCGUCUCCACACCAAGCCAUAACAACAACAGCUCAUCGACUGCAGGACUCAGAGCUGAGCAGACAGGGGACACCAUGGAAGCCCCUCUUGUAUGUUUGGACGAGGAGUUUGACGACCUCCGGCCAUGUCACAUGGAUGAGCUGGACCACCCGGCGCUCAACCACUCCUCUUACUCCACCACCACCACCAUCCCUCUGGCCUCCAUCACCCGCGAGGACUUCUCCGAGCUGGAGAACUUCUCCGAGAUGAUGAGCUUCAAGUCGAUGGAGGACCUGGUCAACGAGUUUGACGAGAAGCUCAACGUCUGCUUCCACAAUUACAACACCAAGACGGAGGGCCUGGCGCCCAUACGCAACCAGUCACACAACCAGGAGGAUGAGGAGAGGCUGCAGGAUGAAGAUGUGUGGGAUGCUCUAACCGACAACUACAUCUCCACCUGGGACGGCUCCACCUCAGAGGGACUCAACGGCAAUCUCUCUGACCAGGAGAUCCACGAAAAAGAGGAGGAGGAGAUGAAUGAGAAGAAUGACAACGCUAACUGCCUGAAUGAAGAGCCUCUAAUCACAGCUGAUCAGGUCAUCGAGGAGAUAGUCGAGAUGAUGGAGAACUCUCCGGAUCCUGGCGAAACUGAGGAGGAGGAUGAAGAGGAGAGCAGCCACUGCUCCUCCAGGACUAACCCCUCCCUGCUGGAGGAGAUCAGACAGCUGUCACAGGCCUCCAACAACAACUGCUCCUAUGAAGGCCUGAGCCUGAUGCCCAGCUCAGCGUUGGUCGAACUUCUGCACCGGGUGGAGGCCGCCAUCCGCGAGUACUCAGAGGAGCUGGUCAACCAGCUUGCUCGGCGCGAAGAGCUGGAGUUCGAGAAGGAGGUAAAGAACACGUUCAUCACAGCCCUGAUGGAGGUGCAGAACAGGCAGAAGGAGCAACGAGACAGCAGCAAACGCCGGCGCCGGGACAAGGCCCUGAGCCUGCAGGGAGGAGGGAUACCAUCUGUGAAUGGAGGGAAUACCGGCACCACGGGCUCCACGGAGAAGACGGGGAGCAUGCCUGUCAAGCGUUUCAGCAUGGAGGGACUGUCUAACAUCCUGCAGACGGGCAUCAGGCAGACGUUUGGCAGCACAGGGAAUGACAAACAGUAUCUAAACACAGUUAUUCCAUAUGAGGAGAAAGGCACCCCUCCGUCUGUGGAGGACCUGCAGAUGCUCACAAAAAUUCUUUAUGCCAUAAAGGAGGACAGUGAGAAGGUGCCUACACUGCUAACCGACUACAUAUUGAAAGUCUUGUGUCCCACCUAAAGCACCGCCCGGCCAGGGGCCGCAUCGUGACGAUGGAUUCUUUCCAACCUUUCCUCGCCUCUGGCCCGAGCUGCAUGACCUCUCGCCCCCUCUUUUACCAUUAUCAACCAUGGAUCCUCACCAUCGACAUCAUUGUAUUCACCUCAACUAUGACUACUGCCUUUCGCUGAGCUCACCUUCCUUCCUAUCCUGCACAUUAAGCUCAGGCCAGACCCAGAAUGGCCACCAUCUGAAUAGUUAAAAACAAAGUGGGACGACGGCCAGUCCCACUUUUACAGGACUUCACUAACGGAGCAUGACAUGCUGUUAAAUAACAACACCACUUUGGUACAGGGAUACGACGUUAUCAUUGCUUUCUUUUCCUUAAUUUCUUUACUUUUUUAAUUUACUUUUCUUUGUUUCCUCUAACAGAAUUUAAAUGUUGCCAAGUUGCCGACACUCAUUCAUAGACUGACCUCUUAACCACUGGGUUCUGUUGAUUGUUCUGUUCAUAGACUCAUUGAGGACUACACUGUAAAGUAAAUGAAAUGCCAUACUGCACUCCACAAGUGAUCAUCUCUGUGUAUUGUUUCAGAUGAACACAGUGAUUCAUUUGAAUACUAAAGCCAUGCACCUUUUUCUGCCAACUUAGUACUGUAGCUCCAUGUGAAUGAAGAGAAACACGCGACUAUUACGGGUGCAGUGCUUUUUUCUUUCGGUUUAUUCCUUUUUCUUUUUGCUUCACUACCUGAACAUCCAGUGCUCUUCUGACUUUUUUGAAACUUAUUUUCAUUUGUAUCUAAAUAUUUGAUAUAAACUCUGUUGCUGAUUUUCUACUCUUAUUUACCGCGUCAUUCAGAGCGACAGGCUUCUGUGCAUUUCACCGCCCGGGGUUCGGCCACGUGGAGGUGCAGCACUGAGUUUUUCCUUGGAUAUAUCACCCCCCCCCACCCCGAUGAGAUGAGCUCAUUUCAAUAAAAAGGCGUGCAUAUUUGCAUAUUAGCAUAUUUAUGACUUCCUUUGCGCCAUGUAGGUGAAUGUUACAUCGCUAAUCGCAAAUUCUAAUAAACAUUCUACCCUAA